CACCAUUUUCCUUCCCUAUUCCUCAUCACUGGUUGCAGUCUACUCGAGUUCUUUUUGACACCAACUUAUAUCCUAUAUACCUUGAGAGGCCAUGCUCUAGCCGAACAACUCCAUCGAUCCCGCCCUUUCCCCGCAAUGCGUGUUUCGGUUCCACUCCACUCCAUACGGAGGAGUUGCAAUUCCUCAAUAGCCAACGCUGCUACAAGAUUAACACCUCAACGACUUUACCUUUCAUAUGGCCGCAGGUCCUCCAUAGUACAGGCACAUCCUCGUACUCAAGCCCGGCCAAUUGCGAGCUAUACCCACCCGCAUCAUGCCUCAGCCAUUUCCGUCCUCUCCACAGCGGUCGAUACGUCGUCGCCAGAUUUUAGGGAGAACGAACGACAAAUGCAAGAAGUACUAAACCGCAUGAACUCGCUUCAUAGUACCAUAUCUCAGGGUGGUCCGCAGAAAGCAAAGGAUAAGCACGUUGCUCGUGGGAAGAUGCUUCCUCGAGACCGCGUCUCAGCCCUCAUCGACCCGGGCACGUCUUUUCUGGAGCUUUCUCAAUUAGCGGGUCAUGAAGUGUACCCGGGAGAAGAUGUUCCCGCGGGAGGCAUCAUUACUGGAAUCGGAACGGUUGAAGGGGUAACUUGCAUGAUUGUGGCGAACGACAGCACCGUCAAGGGUGGCACUUACUACCCAGUUACUGUGAAGAAGCAUCUUCGCGCGCAAGCUAUAGCCCAAGAGAACAAGCUUCCAUGUAUCUAUCUGGUGGAUUCGGGGGGUGCAAACCUUCCACACCAAGCUGACGUCUUUCCGGACAAGGAGCACUUUGGCCGCAUAUUCUUUAACCAAGCGCGAAUGAGCUCGCAGGGUAUCCCGCAAAUCUCGGUCGUUAUGGGACCAUGUACCGCCGGAGGUGCCUAUGUGCCUGCUAUGAGUGACGAGACCAUUAUUGUUGAGAAUCAAGGCACUAUCUUCCUCGCAGGGCCUCCCCUUGUCAAGGCUGCUACUGGCGAGGUUGUUUCAGCCGAAGACUUAGGAGGCGGUCAACUCCACAGCACAAUCUCAGGUGUGACGGACUAUUUAGCUGUUGAUGAUGCCCAUGCCAUUGUCCUCGCCCGCCGCUCCAUCUCCAACCUGAACUACCCCAAAGCCAAGCAGCCCCUAGAGAGCAACGAUGAUAUCAAGGAGCCCCUCUAUGAUCCAGCCGAACUGAACGGUAUUGUUGGCACGAAUCUCCGCCGCCAGAUCCCCGUUCAUGAAGUCAUUGCCCGCAUUGUCGACGGCAGCGAGUUCGCCGAAUUCAAGCGCGACUACGGCACAACCCUAGUUACCGGCUUCGCCCGCAUUCAUGGACAUCGUGUUGGCAUUGUUGCCAAUAAUGGCAUUCUUUUCUCUGAGUCUUCCCUUAAAGGCGCACACUUCAUCGAGCUCUGUGCCCAGCGCAAUAUUCCGCUCGUUUUCCUCCAGAAUAUCUCUGGUUUCAUGGUUGGCGCAGAUGCAGAAAAGGGCGGUAUUGCGAAGAACGGCGCGAAGCUCGUGACCGCCGUUGCUUGUGCCGAUGUACCGAAGUUUACCGUGGUGUUUGGAUCUAGUGCUGGUGCUGGAAACUAUGGCAUGUGCGGCCGCGCAUACUCCCCCCGCUUCCUCUUCAUGUGGCCCAACGCUAAAAUCGGCGUCAUGGGAUCCGAGCAGCUUUCCUCCGUGAUGGAAGCUGUAGGGAGAACCGCAGACCCUGAGCUUAAGGCCAGGAUUGACCGCGAAUCCGAGGCAACCUUCUCCUCUGCGCGACUCUGGGAUGACGGUAUCAUCCCUCCUGCGCACACCCGGCAUGUGCUGGGAUUGAGUCUGGCGGCUGCAUUGGGAGGUAAGAGCGAUAAAGAUGUACAGACGAAAUUCGGUGUUUUCCGGAUGUAG